AGCAACUUCAAGGGCUGUGGGGUGGGGACUUAAAGGCGCUCGCCCGCGCUGCUCCGGGCCGAGGUGGGAGCAACAGGAGGUCCUGCGGGCCUGUCCCGGUCCUCUGUGCGUCCUCUGUGCGCCUUCAUUUUCCAAGGGGGGCGUUAACCUCUCCGGGUCGAGCCAGAGAGCUGCGCCAGCAGCAGUGACUAGAAGUUUUGGAUUUACGAUUCUCUUUUGUCGUUCGGUGCUCCUAGCUCUAUUUUCCAUGACAGAUCGUGACGACAAUACCUGCAAAAAGUAUAUAAAGAUGAUUACCAAUAUAGUAGUAUUGAGCCUGAUCAUUUGCAUCUCCCUAGCGUUCUGGAUUAUGUCAAUGACCGCUAGCACCUAUUAUGGUAACUUGCGUCCUGUUUCUCCUUGGCGCUGGUUGUUCUCCGUUGUUAUUCCUGUUGUGAUCGCCUGUAAUGGCUUUAAAAAGAAGAGUCUGGAUCACAGUGGGGCUUUAGGAGGGCUGGUGGUCGGGUUCAUCUUAACCAUUGCAAAUUUCAGCUUUUUUACCUCUUUGCUGAUGUUUUUCCUUUCAUCUUCAAAACUCACGAAAUGGAGAGGAGCAAUAAAGAAGCGUCUAGACUCGGAGUAUAAGGAAGGAGGACAGAGGAAUUGGAUCCAGGUGUUCUGUAAUGGAGCCGUGCCCACAGAGCUGGCCCUGCUCUACAUGAUAGAAAACGGCCCCGGGGAAAUGCCCAUAGAUUUUUCCAAGCAGCACACUGCUUCCUGGAUGUGUUUAUCUCUCUUGGCUGCACUAGCCUGCUCCGCUGGAGAUACCUGGGCUUCUGAAGUUGGCCCAGUUCUGAGCAAAAGCUCACCUCGACUAAUAACAACCUGGGAGAAAGUUCCAGUUGGAACCAACGGAGGAGUCACAGCAGUGGGACUUGCCUCCAGUCUCCUCGGUGGCACCUUUGUGGGCCUGGCGUACUUCCUUACACAGCUGGUGUUUGUGAACGACUUAGACAUUUCUGCUCCGCAGUGGCCCAUUAUUGCAUUCGGAGGUCUGGCUGGGUUAUUCGGAUCACUUGUGGACUCAUUCUUAGGGGCGACAAUGCAGUUCUCUGGUCUGGACGAGAGCACCGGCCUGGUGGUCAGCAGCCCAACCCAGGAGACCAGGCACAUUGCAGGGAAGCCCAUUCUGGAUAACAACGCCGUGAAUCUGUUCUCCUCCGUUUUGGUGGCCCUCUUGCUCCCAACAGCUGCUUCAGGGUUUUGGCCCAGAGAGUGAACUUUCUUUCCUUCCCUACCAGUUCAUACUGGUAAGACCAGCCAAAACUUGCAAUGUGAAGGUUUUUUCAGUGAAUAAUAAAUUCAGGGGC